AUGCAAGCGAGUGAAUCCGACCACACGAAUGCCCUCAAAAUAUCGUCGGUGGCUGUCGCAGCCCUCGUAGGGGCAACUUUCAUUGCACGCCAAGUGACCAAGGCAAUCAUCUUCCGAAAAGUCAGGCUGGACGAUGGCUUCAUUUUUUUAGCGUCUUUAUUUGCUCUCGGCUUGUCAGCCACUACCUUUAUCCUAGCAAUCAAUCGCCUCGGUUCUUCCGCUCCCUUGACUCCUGAGCAGAUUGAGCUUGUAUCAAAGGGAUACUAUGCAUUCGACCUGUUUUACAUCUUCGCUAUUUGCUUUCCUAAGCUUUCGAUCCUCGUCCUUUUCUACAGCAUUACGCCCUGUCAGCGUUUCAUCCGCCACGCGGUACUCGUUUUUGGGCUUGUCAUCACAGCAUGGACUUUGACCUCUUUAGCAGUUGUCGCAGUUGAAUGCGAGCUUCCGAACCCAUGGCGGACGUUUGGAGAACAUUGUAUCAGAACUGGAGUUUUCUGGAUCAUCUACUCGACUCUCGACAUACUCAGUGAGCUAGCCAUUUUCGCACUAUCUGUAAUUCUCAUCGUAUCCAUCCAUAUGCAGCUGUCUCGAAAAGUCGCCAUUGUCCUAUGUUUCGCACCUCGCCUGCUUGUUGUUGCAACGGUGGUUAUUCGUCUCAUCUGGCUGUACCCUAUUACACUGCACGACAAUCUUCAUCAUCGCGCUCCGAAGAUGGCGAUAGUAUCCGAAAUUGAGAUAUGUCUCAGUAUCGUCACUGCAAGCAUUCCUUUCAUGGUACCUUUUUUCAAAAGUCUCGGUAGCAAAAGGCAGAGACCCAGCUCGUCAAAACCCCCAAGGAAUACACCCAAUAAAGGAACCGGACGUACAAAACUACCACUUUGGUUUCGAAGACAGUACAAGCAUCGAGAUCUGGAAACCUGGAAACCGGCUGCUGCUGGAGCUGCUGGCUAUGAACUUCUCCCCAAAGCAUCCCCAAGAAUUCUGUCAUUGGGAUCAAUAGCCCCUCUAAGCUCAAGGCUGCAAUACUCGACACAAAGAAAGUCAAGCAUACGAGACUUCAUUAUACGUGUUCCGCAUCGCGAGUCUCUGAGCAAGCAAAGCUCUGAGCUAGUGACUCCACGAACAUACAGCUCAAGUUUCAUUUCUACAAUGAACGAAUCGUCAGAAGCGCUGCUCCUACACUCUUUCAUACCUUCGAGAAGAGCACCAAACCCACCGAACAAGAUGCAUCUCCUUAGCCCCCCUACGCCGGGCUCGUGGCAUUCAAGUCACUCCCCCCCUCCGAUUCGAGACACGCCGCACAAGCCACAAUUCUCGCUUUUUCCGCCUCAAAGAUCUGUACCGUCGCACGCCCAACAUCCUAAGCUUUGUACAAAGGCACUUUUGGCCCCAAAAUUAUCAACUUCCGACAAUGAUAAUACCCGACCAGCGUCUACUCAAGACUUGACUUCUCCUAUGGGCCGCGCUAUGAACAGUUGGUUUAGUAGCGCAGAGGCCGAACCUGGCGCGCAGUCCUCAGCGCAGCCUCCUAUGGGCUCGGAAAACCCGCGCAACCCAAACACAUCUUCUCCGUCACAAUUACCGGACAUGCCCAUGUAUCCGUUGGUCACGCAUACACGCUCUCCCACCGGAGCAAACAGUUUUUUUGAUGAACUUUCUCCACCACAUGACCGUUGGUAUACCCCACGAUCUCCUGAGGAUACAUCUAUGCCUUUAGUUCAGGAUGUUAGGAACCACCCGCGGGUUAUCUUCCGCAAUGUCUUGUAG